ACAACAGCAGCGUGAACGAGGCUAAACAACGGGCUGGCUAGCUAGCUACAUGAAUAGCGACAACAGCGACCAGGAUUUGUCAAACGCAAUGCCAUUAGUUAUCUUAAUUAUUUGUCUUCUAGUCGGAUAAUGUGAGUAAUGUCAUUUUAAGCUUGGACAAAACAUAUUUGCUGUUGCAUAUCGCUUUGCAUUGACAUUACGAACCUUACUCGAGAGUAAGCAACCUAGCAAUCGACGUCUCUAUGUUUGAAUAUCUUCCGGCGGCAGCAGCGGUGUCAUGAACAGUGGACUCCCAGCUUCAGCUGCUCCGCUCGGGGGUGUCGGAAUACCCUGCGUCAAGGUGAAGUUCUGCCGAUACUACGCAAAGGAUAAGACUUGCUUUUAUGGGGACGAGUGUCAGUUUUUGCAUGAGGAGCCGUCCAUGGCAAGCAUGUCCCUUCACAGUGGAGCAAGCCCUGUCCCUUUAUCCAUGUCUGGAGGAUCCGUGACGUAUCCGCUUAGUGCACCCCCGGCCUGCCCGGUUGGGGUACCGAACGUCCCCAAAAAGGGCGACUCUCUGGGGCCUGCAGGCACGGCUCUGGAGGGACAGAUGUUAACCAUCCCUGGGAUGGAGAGCGGGUCCCUGAGCGACGCCAAUCUGACCAACUCCUACUUCAGCAGCAGCUUCAUCGGGGUCAACGGCUUCGGGAGCCCGGCAGAGUCUAAAUACUCUAUCAUGCAGAGAAUCACCAACAGCAGCAGUUCUCCCAGUCUCCUUGACGACGGUGCCAAGAACUUCAGCCACAGCGCUCACGAUCUAUUCCAUGGAACCCUGGCGGGUGGACCAGGUCAGAGUUGUGGGUCGAUGGAAAACUCUCCGUGGACAACACAGUCUUCAUUCCCUCUCCCUCUAUGUCCUCUUCCAGAUCCAGGGAAUUCCCCCAUUUCUUCACUCUUCAGUGACUUUGGUGCUCUGAGCAUAUCACAAAGGAGAAAGGGUCCUAACCCUACAGCCAAUGAGUUCAUCCCUAAGGGGGUUCCCCGCAUGGCCACUAUGGUCCAGUCCAGUGGUCCGGCCUUCCCAUCGCCCCUCUUCCCCCACCUCGGCCCCAGCAGCUCCACCGCCCUUGCACCUGGGAUGUCUCUCUCUGCGGGGUCCACCCCCCUCCACUCCCCUAAAAUCACCCCCCAAACCUCACCUGCCCCUCGCCGGCGUAGCCACACACCCAACCCCAACAACCCCAACCCAGCCAACUACAUGGUGCCCACCAGUGUGUCUGACCAGGGGGCCCACAUCAUCCAGAAGGAGACGGUGGGGGGGACCACCUAUUUCUACACUGAUAACACCCCCGCUCCCAUGGCCGGGAUGGUGUUUCCUACCUACCACAUCUACCCCCCCACUGCUCCCCACGUGGCCUACAUGCAGCCCAAAGCCAACGCCCCGUCCUUCUUCAUGGCUGAUGAGCUCCGACAGGAGCUGAUUAACAGACAUCUGAUUACCAUGGCUCAGCUUGACCAGUCAGAGAACACAGGUGUUCCAUCUGAGGUGGACAGCUACCACAGCCUGUUUCCCCUGGAGCCUGUCCCCCCUCCCAACCGCCUGCAGAAGACCAGCAACUUCAGCUACAUCACUUCCUGCUACAAGGCUGUCAACAGCAAGGACGACCUGCCGUACUGCCUGAGGAGGAUACAUGGUUUCAGGCUGGUGAACACCAAGUGUAUGAUGCUGGUGGACAUGUGGAAGAAGAUCCAGCAGUCCAACUCUGUUACCCUGAGGGAGGUCUUCACCACCAAGGCCUUUGGUGAUCACUCGUUGGUGUUCUCCUAUGACUUCCAUGCGGGAGCAGAGACCAUGUUCAGCAGGCACUUCAACGACCCUGCGGCAGACUCCUACUUCACCAAGAGGAAGUGGGGACAGCACGAGCCCCCUCCACCGCGGCAGCACGCAGGUCUGCUCCCCGAGUCUCUGAUCUGGGCCUACAUCGUCCAGCUGAGCUCAGCCCUCAGAACUAUCCACACUGCUGGUCUGGCCUGUAGGGUCAUGGACCCCAGCAAGAUCCUCAUCACCGGCAAGACCAGGUUACGAGUGAACUGUGUAGGGGUGUUUGAUGUCUUAACGUUUGACAACAGUCAGACCAACCAUGUGACCCUCAUGCCACAGUACCAGCAAGCGGACCUGAUAUCCCUGGGCAAGGUGGUGUUGGCCCUGGCCUGUAACUCUCUGGCUGGCAUUCAGAGAGAGAACCUGCAGAAGGCCAUGGAGUUGGUGUCUAUCAACUACUCAUCAGACCUCAAGAACCUCAUCCUGUAUCUGUUGACAGAGCAGUCUAGGCUGCGCAGCGUUAAUGACAUCAUGCCCAUGAUCGGAGCUCGCUUCUACACACAGCUGGAUGCAUCACAGAUGAGGAAUGAUGUCAUCGAGGAGGACCUGGCGAAGGAGGUCCAGAAUGGUCGUCUCUUCCGUCUGUUGGCCAAACUGGGCACCAUCAACGAGAGACCAGAGUUUCAGAAGGACCAUACGUGGUCUGAGACAGGGGACCGUUACCUGCUGAAGCUGUUCAGAGACCACCUGUUCCACCAGGUGACAGAGGCUGGAACCCCCUGGAUAGACCUCAGCCACAUUGUUUCCUGCCUCAACAAACUGGACGCGGGCGUGCCUGAGAAGAUCAGCUUAGUGUCUCGGGAUGAGAAGAGUGUUCUGGUGGUGACCUACUCGGACCUGAAGCGCUGCUUCGACAAUACCUUUCAGGAGCUGCAGCAGGCCGCUGCCGGACCGCUGUAGCGCCCCCCCCCCCCCACAGGCAGCGGGGUGGGACUGCCUGAACCGUACAGCACAUUAUUGCACUACAGCGGAGGACCAGGCGCAUAGUGAUGACAUCUUCAGUGUGGCGAGAGAGGCAGAGGGGGUGGGACUUGCUGGACCUCAGUCACAUACACUGUCUUGGCAACCAGGAAGGCUUUUCUAAAGCUGUUUUUUUUAUUUUUCCUAAAAUCCCGCAGCUGCGAUGACGGACAAAAACGGAAGCUGUAACGAUUACGAAUGCUUAAUUUUUUUUUAGACUUGGGGAACAAAACGGAUACUAAAAAAUAAAACAACCACGUGGGAUUUAACUUUU